AUGGAUCUUUUACCUAAAGAACACAAACAAUUUCAAGAUGAAGAAUACUGGAACAGAUUCUUCGCUGACAAAAAGAUUAAUCAAGGCUUCGAGUGGUAUGCUGCUUUUGAAGAUAUUGAACACUUGCUCAAAUUAACUUUAAAGGAUAAGGAAUAGAGACUUCUUGUAUUAGGAUGUGGUAAUUCACUACUCUCUGAGAAAAUGCACCUAAAAAUGGGUAUCAACAAGAUAACCAGCAUCGAUUUUGAGGAGUAAGUUAUCAAGAAGAUGAUUCACAGAGAAAAGCCCAUUGAUUAUCAAGUGAUGGACAUGCUUAAUAUGAGCUUUGAAGAUGGUUCUUAUGAUUAUGCCAUUGACAAAGGUACUCUUGAUGCUCUUUGUGCAGACAGAUCUCCAGAGACUGCUUCUAAAGUCUGCAAAUACUUCAACGAAGUGCUGAGAGUCCUCAAUGCUAAAGGAGGAACCUACAUUUGUGUCUCUCUACUUCAAGAUUUUAUUCUAGAUGCCUUAAUUUCAUUUUUCUGCAAGGGUAUGGGUAAUGAUCACUUUGAUAAGCAAAUCAUUGAUUUCAGAAUCUAAAGACUAGACAAGAAAUAAAAGAAGGGUGAAGAUAGAGAUUCACAGAACUAUUUACCAUUCUAUAUCACUAUUAAGAAGACAGCUAUCAAUCCAGAGGAUGCCAAGAUGAUUGAGUUAAGAGAUAAGCUUUCAACAGUGAUUUCUUAUUAAGAUAAUUACAUGACAAGGGCCGAAAUCAUUAAUGUAUCAACUAUUUCUGAAAAAAUCAAGAAAGAGCAAAUUAAUUAGAUGCUAGUUCCCCAAAUGAAAGAGCUUAAUCUUGGUUAGAAAUUCGAACUAUUCUGCUAUGACAAGAACAGAAAAGAUCAGCUUAGCUCAGUUCCAAGAUAUACUCUAACAAUAGUAGACUCAAAUGAUGCUAAAGUUCUAAAGAAGAGAACUUGCGCAGCUUUCAUUACUCCUCAAGGAAAAGAAAGGGAAUCCUUGAUUUCAACUGAGGUUGGAAAAUAAAAUCUCUCAUAGUAAGCUGGCUACAGUAGACUCAUCAUAAUCACUCUGAACCACGGACACAAAUUUGAAUCAAUAGAGACUGUUAAAAACGAACUCUCACCAAAGGUUCUUGAAUUAGCUCCUAGUCUCUGUGCCAAUUACAAAGAAAUCCCAUUCUUAACUAUCGGUUCCGAUAUUGGUGAAAGAGGAUCUGUAUAUGUUUCUCAAGAUGGCUCAAUUUUCGUAGAAGAUCUUAAGGACGAGCAAAAUAAUAUCUACAGAUAAGUCAUUUUCCAGAGCAAACCAGAAUAAAUCCAAUCUGAAGUCUUACUAGUCUAUAGAAACCCUUCUAAAGGUACCAUCCCUGAGCAUCUUAAGGUUCAAAGUACUAUCGCUCCUAAGAAGAAGCAAAGAACUGUUGUCUUAAAUCAUGAACUUUUAUGCAGUGAGUAUCAAUACUCUAUGCUCUCAGGAUUUUCUCUAGCUCCAAAGCUAGUUGAAAAGGAUAAUAUAAGAAUUUUAGUUCUUGGAACAGGAGCAGGUUUAUUGCCAAUGUUUUUAAGAGGAUAGCUCGGCGAAAAGCUAAAAGAAUUAGUGACAAUCGAUAUCAAUGAGGAAAUCGUGAAGGUUGCUAAGGAGUACUUCGGUUUCGUUCCAGAUGAAAAGCUAAAGUCAAUUAUAGCAGAUGCCUAUGAAUAUGUCAAUAACUAUAGUGGAGCUAAGUUUGAUGUUGUCAUUAUGGAUAUCAAUUACGAAGAGAGCAACUUAAAUCUAAGUCCACCACUUAAAUUCUUAGACUCUGGCUUUUUGAGAAAACUUUUGGAUAUCACAACAGCUGAAGGUUUCUGUACUUUUAACAUUCUAUCUUAUGACAAUGAAACAAGAGAAAAAGUAUUUGGAAUGAUUUCAGAGACUCCAAAGUCAUUUAAAUAUCAAAUUGAAGGUGAAGAAGAUGUGAACAGAAUUAUCCAUAUUGUUAAGAAUGAAGCUCCAAAUGAAGAGCAAAGACAAGUUCAAAUGGAGAAGGUCUGCAAGGAAUGGGGACUCAACAAGGGACUAUGGUUGACUGAAAUGAGAAUCAAGCAGAAGAUCGAUAAGAUUUUGGAAAUAAAUCAUGAGCAAUAUCCAUUAAUUGAAAGUUUGUCUUAAACUGUGUAUAAAAUCUUCUUCUAAUACUAUCUGUUAGGAAUUUUAACUAUAGUAGGUUAUAAAGUCUUUAUUUCUGAGCAAGAGGAUUAUAUGGAUCAAGAGGCUUCUCUAGCAAUCCAGCGUGAAGAUACUCCUUGGAAAUAAAACAACAACAGCUUUCCUAUUCUUGAAGACAAUAUGGGUCAAGUAAUUCACUCUUGCAGUUCUUUAAAUGGUGCUGAUUCUGUCAUUUUUUUUCUUAAAUUUUUCCUUUUCCAUGUCAUGCAAUCAUCUUCCCCUGACUAAUCAUAGCUUGUUUCUCAGCAGAUUAUUAAGUUUGAUUUUCCUUAGUUUAUGGAACAGUAGAGCUAGAUCUUUUCGUUCUCUCAACCCUUACAGGUUACUUACCAUCAACUACUUCAAAACAAAACAAAGAUUGAAGAUGAGCUCUAUCAAACUUAAAGAUAGUUAAGGAGAAAAGAGGGAGAGUACUUAAAGAAAAUAGCAGUAUAUGAGUAAAAGAUUGACUAGAUGCAGGAACAUAUAGAUGAAUUCAGAGAAAGAGAGGAGAAUACUAAAUCUAUGUAUGAGAAAAUUUUGUCCGCAUUAAACAACUCUCACGAUAAACAAAGAGUUUAAGAAAUGCUGAUGCAAAUGCAAAAGUCUCAUUAGAAUUCCCCAACCAACAGUGAAAAAUCAAUGAAUUCCUCCUUUAGAAGAAGGAGAUUUGAGUCGUCAAUAAUUGAAGCCAAGGAUAAAGAGAAAUAAUAGAUAGAAAACCUUGAGACAAGUUUGCAAUAAUUAGGGGAUGCUCACAGUAGACUAAAGAGUCAACUACUUACUAAAGAGAAAGAAAAUCAUAAUUUUGUCCAAUAAAUAGAUUCUUUGAAGAAGCAGAUUGAAAAUCUUAACUUUGAUCAUAGUCGAAAACUAGAGUAAAUUAACCUUGAUAACCAAAAGAAAAUAAAUGAAAUUGAGACUUUACUUAAGAAGGAGCUUGAAAAAGAUAUCCAAGUCUUAAAGAAUAACCUUUCAAAAGAGAAAAUUACUCAUGAAAGCUAAAUUUAGGCACUACAAGAGUAGAUUAAAAACCAUUAGUCUUAAUUAAACAAGCAAACUUGCAACAGCAAUAACAUUGAAAAAAUCAACUAAAAAGAAAUGCUAGAGAUAAAAACAUUGCUUGAAAAAUCUAAGAAGGAUAUUGAUAAUCUACUAAAGGAAAGAGAUUAGAUCAUUAAGGAGAAAGAUUUAAUAUUAUAGAGUAAUAAGGAGUAAGAAUAGUAAAUUACAAAAAUUAAGAAGCAAUAAACUAGCAGUCAGAAUAUUCAGAAUGAAAGUAUAAAGAAACUUAAAGAUAAGAUACAAGAAUUGGAAAAAGAACUUAGUUUGAAAAGUGAAGAAGCUAAAUAGAGCAAUGCACAAGUAAAAUAGUUGAAAUCUUCUACAGCAAUACCUUUUGUCGACAGGAAGAGUUCGGGAUAAGGGUCUUUACUCCAGAAUAGCAGUGUAUCUAGUAUGAAUCAACUUAAGAAUAUUAACGUUGGCUCUAAGGAUCAAUAAAUUUUAGUUGAUAUUUAAACGACAGAAAAAGUAAAUAGAAGAAAUGGUAAUUUCAGGGUUUAAAAUAGAAGUAGUAACAAGUCCACUAAUAAUAACACUUGUAACAACAGUAAAAUGUUUACUCAACCAAUAAGUGUUAACUUAGAUUGUCCAGAUUUGACCAAUCCAGAUCAAACUAUCAACAACACUUAGAAGCAAUCAAAGAAGGGAUAGGAAAAUGCUAAAAAUAAACUAGAGAACUUGGUCACUAGCAAUGGAAAAGUUUCAAGAAAUUCAAAUGGGAAUGUUCACUCUUCAAUGAUCCAUCCUUAAAGCUAAUAACCAAAUGCUCAGCAGCAAACUUUUAAUGAAAAACCUAGAAAUUAGACUCCUAAUUAUCGUUAAUAUAUCAACUUAGAUGACACCAAUCCAAAUAUUAGCCAAAUGCUAUAAAGUAACAGAAAGAGAAAUCCGCUAGAUGAUGAAUCUCUCAAUAACUUUGACUCCAGUGGCAAGUCUACGUAUAAGUUAAAAAAAUACAUAAAUCCCAAUGAUGAGUGUAGGAACUCAGAUCAAUAUCAGAGUAGAUGCAAUAGUCAUACUAAUGUUGAAUAGACAAGACGCCACCAUUUCCUGGCAUAGAGAACUUCUUCUGAUAGAAUGUAUGAUCCUUAACAAAGAUUUGGCAGUGCCAAUCCCUAUGAUCGAUAUCUCAAUGAAGGUGAUAGAGCAUUACUCACUUCACUUGAGAUCGAAUAGGUAGUAAGAAAAAUGCUAGAUUAAGUGUACAAUGAAAAGAAUCAAACAUUCUAAGGAACAUUCAAUGGUAGUGAAACUUAAUAGAUUGGCAGUGUAUUAGUCCAAAACAAUUAGUACCAUAAUAUGUAAACUCCAUCAUAGAAUGUUAGUUUCUCUGUCAGAAAGAAUGAGUAACAGUAGUAAAUGUUUAAUAAUAGUAAGUAUAGCAGCUAGCAAAGUAAGAGCUGCAUUACAAUCGACAAAGAAUUUUUAAGCAAAUUGGAAUCAAGUCUUAAGAAACUCGCAAAGAGAAAUGAGAAAAUUAAGCAAAUAAUGAAAGAAAAAGAGUCUCUUGAAAAGGAAUGCCUAAAAUUAAAAUAAAAAGUCAAGAACUUAAAAGAGGAAAAAUCUGGCUUGAUCUAAGAAAGAGAGGGCCUGAUCCUCAUUAAUAAUAAAAUGGAGUAUAGACUAAAGCAAGCUCAAGUUCUACUAAAUUUAGAGGAUAUGCAAAAUCCAACUCACUUCAACCUUUAAAACCAUCUUAACUCAAAUAAUAAUACUACUAUUUAUGAGCUGUCGCACAAUAGUAGCCAAAAGACUUUAGUUAAACAUUAUGCUAAUCGAGAUAUCUCACCAAGUUAAUAGAGUAAUUUAACCCUAAACAUUAUUUAAGAUUCAGUUGCAAACAAUGAGAGAUAUAAGAAUCCUCCAAUGAGCUGUAGAGUUAACGAUAGCUAUGAUGUAUCCUUGAGACUAAAUGGAGAAAAUGUUUAUGGGCCAUAAGGAAAGAGACAUAUGUUUCAUAAUACAUUAGAUAAAUCGAUGCUAGACUAAUCACUCAUAACAAUAAAGAGAGAUUAGAUGAUGCAAUAGUAUCAGAAUUAAAACCUUUAAGCUUCUUAAUUCACCCAAAAAAUGCCAGGGAACUAGAAUAACAGAUCAUUCUAGAGCAAAUUCUUACCAUAAUCCUCUAGUCAAUAAUUACCUCAACCUUAGCUAGUUGGACAACAUUCUGUUAACACUACAUUUAGAGGUAAGACGCCAACAUUAUAAAUUAAUCUCUCAUAAUCUCCUAAUCAAGAGCUUUACUGCAUUGGUAUUUCAACAUAAGGAUAAGACCCUUAGGAUAAUAGAAAAUCCAAUAAAACUGCAUCCAGUGAGAGAGAGGAUUCGAGCUCAGUAAUGACAAGCAGGAACUUUAGCAGAUCUACUACGAAUUUACUUUAGAAAAAAUCAUUCAGCAAUCAUCCUAUUUUAAAUGCUUAAUAGCCUAAUACCAAUAAUAGUAGACAGCUAUUUAAGUAUUAAAGCAAUAGAGAUCAAACUCAAAUUAAAAGUAGUUCAAAGAAUCAAUCAUACAUGAACUCAAAGCUUUAAAAUAUAACAAACAUGAGCAUGAUAUCUGCCUAGAACUCAAAUUAAAAAAAUCCAUGUAAUUACUCUAGUAUAGGAGCUCAUGAGAAUAAUUCAAUGACGAGAGAUAGAAGUCCACAGUUAAAUCUGAAUUAGACACAGACAAAUUACUUGACAGGCUAGACCCAGAUUGUAAUGGGAAAUUCGAACAGUAUGAAUAUCUUAAGAAGACUGAAUCCCUCAAAAGCAAAGGAUAGAUAUUACACUAGUAAGAGAGGAGGUCAUCAACAGGUUUUAUAAAUUGGAGAUCCAAAUAGAUUCCAUAAUGUGUAGGCUUGCUACUAAAUUGUUACAUUUGAUGAAGAGGAUGACUAUGCAAUAGACGAAUAAACUAUUGAAGAAGAUUAAAACUUGUUCUAAAGUUCGACAUUCGAUUAACUAAACCGUGAGUAAAGAAAUGAAUAACCAGAGGAUGAAGAAUACCCAGAAGAUCUGAAUACUGAUGAAAAUGAUGCAGUUUACAGUUAGAAUUCAGACAAUUCAUCAAUAAACAUUAAAGUUGUAUAAGUUACAAAGAAGAAUCAAAAGAAAUUAAGAAUGCAACAACAAAGUGAGGCUGAUUCAACUACUGCUUAAUAUAAUUACCCUCAGACUCAGAGGAAAAAAGAUGAAGGUGGUUAGCCUAGUGAUGAGAGAGACGAGGAAGAGGAAAGUGUGCAAUACAAGUUAUUGAAUAACAGCAACUUUAUACCGUCAAUGCACUCAAGAUAUAUAAAUGAUGAAUCCUAAUGA